GUCCCUCGCGGAGUGGUAGUCUCGCGUCUGGUGGUGUCUGUGUGCGUCACGUCGCGAAACUGCGGAGGAUCAACCGGGUAAAGGAUCUCGUUAGACGGAACGGCCGUUCGUCUGCGAAAUGUACGCGUGAAAUGUCGCUGGACGUACGCCGCGCGGCUUUCUCCCGACGAAGGGCAUUCUCUGGUUAGCGCAUGAUGUGCGAGGUAUCGAAGAGCCAGCGCAGGACGUUCCGGGACCAGGAUCCACCGCGAAUAUGCAACAAAAGCGCAGAGAACCUGCUACGAGACGAGCUCGAGUUCUCGCGCUCGACUCCAAACUCGCCGACGUCUCUCCAGCGCGCCGCCAGCCUCGAGAAGUGCUUCAGCGAGCCUGAAUUCUUCCAGAAGCAGCGCGAACUGCUCUCGAAGCACGAGGAGCGGUCGAAGGAAAAGGACGGCGACGGUGAGGACAGCGUUACCCCUGGCUCCGCACGUGUGGACGACGAUUCCGGGAGUACGGCCGCGAGCAUCGAGGAUCUCCCGAGGGAACUCUCUGUCAAAGUGCCUUCCCCUUGCGAGCAGGCGAGUGAGGUGAUUACUAACGGUCUCAAGUGCGACUCGGACGACGUCGACGGUUUGACAAACGGAAGAAAAAUGGCACCGGUUCUAGGCGUACCACCUCCACCACCACCGGCUCCUCAUAUGGGACCAGACGGUCUAAUCUUGCCGAGGAAACCAUAUAACCCUUGCCUUACCUCCACUAAUCAUAAGGACCUCCACAGGGAGUUACUUUUCAAUCAGAAAAUCGGCAAGAGCGUCUUAAACCAGAAAAGUGAGCUGCAACGUGCCCUGGAGAAACAGAGGGAAGCUGCGUCGAGGAGGGAAGCUGAGAGGAUUCGUGAGGAAAGUUACAAGGACGAUCCUAGGACUGCCUUGCAAAGGGCGAUCGAGCAGAGAGCAAGACAUAUUCAACUAACGCAGGAGCAAUCGCGAGCGACGACGGAGCCACCGAGUAAUCUCCUGAUAACGGCGAGAGCGAAGCUGAGGCCGCGCACGGAGUCCCAGUGAAAUCGGUGAAGAUCGAAGGUCGUGCAAACCGGUGUCGCGUCUGGGUGAAGAGGAUGAUACGCUCGAAUGGGCGGCUCGUAAUUCCACUCUUCAGCGCCUUAUCGAUUGCAAUGAGUGUACAUAUGCAUAACCCGAUAAGAUUCCCUUGACACAAGGAUUAUUAACGGCGUUAUUUGGCGCGUUGUAUGUUGUAACAGACACGUCAGGUUUUAAUAUUAAACGUGUUAAGAUAACACAAUGAAACGUAACGAGCGUGCAUUUCAUUGUUAUCACGAGCAGGAUCGCUGGGGAUUUAUCUCGAGGAACGUUUCGUGGGUACUUAACGCGCCACAUCGCUGCGCCAAUCCGUCGUAAAAUCCAUUCCCAAACAACACAAAGAACCAAAAAAAAAACACAUCGUGUCUCGAAAAUUAAGACCAUCUUUAUGACGUGUCAAUUUAGACAUCGUAAAUUAUAGUGUUAUAUGCGUAUUGUCUCAGAUCAAGCGGCACGCGAGUGGUUCUUGUAAAACGUAUCGCAUAUCGGGUAUCUCAAUGUACAAUACAAUCAACAACCAACCACGUGUCUUCAUUUAUUAAUAGUAGAUCAGUCGAGCUUAGUAUGCGUUUGACGACCAAUUAGUAUGUCGACACGAUAACGUUAUUAUACACGGUAAACGCGAUAAUCCAGUUAUAUUGUACGUGCUAACGCUGACUUGGAUACAAUAAUCGACGUAUUUUUUCUUACAAGGACGGAGAUUUCGUCGCGAAGGCAUCGGAUAUAGAUCAUAAUAGCACAAUAUAGAUCGACAAUAGAUAGUAGUUGUAGACGGCGAGACAACGCGAAAGAAUUUAAUUGUGAACGAUAUUUGCCGGUUAUAUUCAAAUAGAAAAUUGUCUCUGCUCCGAGCCUUUGAUCUUAAGCGAUAUUAAUAUUCUUUUUUUUAAUUUAAGAAUGUACAAAAUUGUGUCAUAAAAAUCGCCAGCGACGGAUAUUUGCCAAAGAUCGCUAUUAUCAAUGCACAUUCGUCUGUGCACUGAUAAUAAAAUCUAUCGUGUCGUGAAACAGAAAAAUUGAUAUCAUUUUGUGUUUAGGAUUAAUCGCUCGAGCACGAGUCGCGAAUGCCCGGAUAUCUGCGAUACGUAUUCGCAUCUCUUGUAAGAGUUCUCUUCGUGUCGAAGGCGAGAAUCCCUUCCUUUCCUUUCCCUUCCCUUCUCACCAGAAAGUCACGACGAUGUUUUCCAUGAUCUUCGACACGAUUUCGGGCACGUAGAUAGAAUGUAUUUUGUACGAUGCUUAGAUCGCUGAUGGUGGCAUUACUUCGUUUUCAUUUUCUUACAUGACGGAAUAAAUAAACUCAUUCACGAUAGACGAUUCCGUGAAGAUAACAUGCAACUGAUCACAUGAUUCAUUGUUAAAAUAUCGAUUUGUCGCGAUGGCUUUUGGAUGCCGUGAAUCAGCGCAGCUAUCAUCUCGAGCUUAAUAUUAUUUCCAGGUAAACGACAAAAUUAUAUAAUUUUUACGAUUACAUGAAAGUGAUGCCACCUGAAAGUAAAAGUAGUUUCCGCUAGGAGACAAGAGACAAGUCAGAACUCCGCGGGACCAUGUGUUCUUGUAUACUUCGUUACGUGGCAGUAAAACAAAUUCGACACGUCUGCCUUGCAUAGUAACAAUUAUAUUAAUCGUAUUUAAGUAUCGAUAUUAAAUUUAACUACGUAUAUUUUGUGGCUCAUUACAUUUGACAAAUCUUACAAAGGUGCGCGUAGCAUCAUUAGAUCGGAAAUAAUGUGAACCGUUAAGUUUGUUACAACUUUAAUUUACCAAGCGAUCCGCACAAGGAUCUUAUAAUAUAUAACUCGCAUUUAAGGAAAUAUAUCCGUGUAUAUCCAAUUAAUAGAGGAGCCACAAACGGAAAAUAUGUUUCGUUUUCUUUUUGUACAGUUGUCACGUGUAUGUAUCUGUUAACUUACAUUUGUCAUAUUUAGUUUAACAUAAACUUAAUCAAGACAUUCAGGAGAGAGAUCGUCGCAAUGAUAAAAUCUCGGAUUCCAAAUAUAUUUUAUUCAACACUAAACAUCAACCUCGUCAUUUUCAUUCCAAUGUGUAAGGAACCAGUAAUAAAGUGGAUAAAAAAA